AUGUUGCCGCCAUACUCAUCCACCCCGAAUCGUUUCGGAUUCUUCCAGACGAAGCCGUAUGCCGCUCUCAAGGCUACCGCAAUGAGCCAACGCCCUGCCACCGCUCCCCUCACGCUUGCAAUCCUCAAACAAGCUCUCCCAUCCGAAGAAAAGGAUGAAUGGUACCGAGCAGAAAGUCCGGCUACUGGAGACUGGAACAACAUCGGAGACGAUGUCAACGCCAAAUAUUUCACGCACCCAAGUGUGAAAUCCCAAACCGGUCCGCCAAGUGAGCAAACCKGCCCAUUCCCAGAGUUUGAAUUUUGCUUCCUCCCCACCAAGCAAAACAAAGAGGCGCUCCUCUUUGCCGAUGGCGUCAUCAAACAAAGUAUACGGGACUACUGUCGAAAGAACCACUUGGCGAAAUGCCACAACCUCUGGGACGACGUCUGCGAUAUCACGCUAGACAUCCACCCAAUGCGCCUGAUUUUCCUCCCGCAAGGAUGGGCCGGGCAGCACAUGCCGCCCUCACGCGCUGUGUUGUUCGACAAGGCUCUGGACAACCUCUACCAGUUCAGAAACUUGCUCGCUCACCCGGGAAACUCGAGCGAAAAUGGCGCCACGCUGGAAGUCGUAUGCCAGAAGAUCUCCCACGUGAGAACCAUGGCCAAGCUACUUGAAGACUGGCCAGCGGUUUCAAAAAUAGAUGAUCUUUUGGAGAGGUUGUUCGUGGAGGGAAGACAGGUGAUGGCGUAUGUGGAACAGUAUAGGACGCUUGCUGGCCUUCCGCAAGGUAUGCAGGACUGGCCACGACACUGCGAGAGACUGUUGAAUCGUGUGGUUUCCGCCCAGGUUGCGUAUGUGGAGAACCCUUCUUCGGAGGAUGAGUGGCAGUGCCACUACAGGGGAAAGAGAAUUCCGCCCUUGAUUGGUGCUGCUGCUGAGGAUUGGGCUGCCAAGUACGAUUUCGUGGGAGUCCUUAAGCCGGACUAUGCCGUUGGGAAGUAG